CCCUCUUUUCCCCACCGGGUUUGAAACGAUGAAUGGGAACCCGCCUGAGGAGAAAACUGGGAAUCAUACAAUUUUGGUUUCAAGUGUUCACACAAGAGACCAGCAGUGCUCGGCAGUUAAACUAGGUUCCUGAACACCUCACACAGACUCACAGAAGAUAGUUGCAACAUGGAAGUUCAGGAGCUCUACUCAGACAUCCAGUGUGAAUUCCAGCCCGCUCCUUUGGGUGCAGGUGAUAUGGAGGCUGUGGAGGCUCUGAUGUCCAUGACUAAGCACCGGAAGAGCUUCAGACACUCCAGACCCCUGACUCCGUCCUCAGACUGCUCAGAGGACGACUCUGUCCCCCUUGGUUCUACUGUGCUACAUGACUCUCCUUUGUGUAUGACUCCGCCGUACAGUCCUCCCCACUUUGAGGCCACCCACCCGCCCUCAGCAGCAGCUGGAAGUCUAAGCUGGCAGCCAACACAAGAGACUCAUCUGCACACACACGCUGCUGCUUCUCAGCAACGAUUCCAGUGCACCAGUGUAAUCCGCCACACUUCAGAUGGCCGGAGCUGCUCCUAUAAGGUCCAUCCUGUCUCCGGGGAAGUCAGAUUCACUCAUACAAAAGACUCUAAAACAGACCUGAGCUCUGAAGAUAGGCUCAAUGGCAGAGAUUCAAUAGGGAAUAUUGUAACACAGUGUGACUCUAAUGCAGCCACGCCACAGAAACCUGUCACUAUGACUUUGCCACAUGCAUUUUUAGCCAGCCAGACCCAGAUGAGUCCUAUAUGCCUGGAUGAUAAAACAACAAACACACCUCGGGCUGUCUCCUCUGUCCCGGCUGGUGGCCCUGGGGUCUCUCCUGUGCCUGUCUACUGCCAGAUUCUUCCUGUCUCCUCUCCUUCCACCACUGUUGUGCAAAAACCUGUUACAGCCUCUGAGAGUCAGAAACAACAACUACUACCUAUCCCAUCAGCACUGCUGAUGCACACACAGCCACAACAGCAGCACAAACACAAACCACCACAGCAAACCCAAGCAGCUUCACCUCCUGCUCAGGUCUUCCUCCUAGGGGGUCAGGUGGCAAGAGGCCCCGUAAUGCUCUUUGUCCCUCAGCCGGCAGUUCCUACACUCUACGUCCAGCCAGCACUGGUGACACCUGGUGGCGCCAAGCUACCAGCCAUCGCCCCCUCUCCUGGCCCUGCCUUGAUGGAGCAAAGACAAAGCCCAGUGCAGCCAGAAGUGUCCCGCGUACGCAGUCAUGUUUGUCCCCGUGAGGACUGCAGCAAGACUUACUUCAAGAGCUCCCACCUCAAGGCCCACAUGAGGACACAUACAGGUGAGAAGCCCUUCAAGUGCAAGUGGGAGGGCUGCGAGAGGCGGUUCGCUCGCUCCGAUGAGCUGUCUCGCCAUCGACGCACCCACACAGGGGAGAAAAGGUUUGCCUGCGCUGUGUGCCUCAGCCGCUUCAUGCGUAGCGACCACCUGGCCAAGCACGCCCGGCGACACCAAGCAGCGAGGAAGACGCCCUGCUGGGCGUUAGAGGUCACCCAGUCUGCUGACCACACAGCUUCCACAACACUCUACGUUCAACAAACUCUGUGCGAGGCGUCCUGAUGAGACACCAAAGUGAAAACUGUGAGACUGAAUGUGAGGCUUUUGUACUCGAGUCUCAGAGAAUGCACAGAGGGGAGUGUGUGCCUGAUUUUUACACGUCACCAUUCAGCUGCUGAACUGAAAAUGAAGCAUGUAAAGCCUUGGCUACUGAGCUGUUCCCUAGUGAUUAUAGUUGAAAAUGAACGAGGUAAUGAGGCUGUUUACAUUCAAACUACUGUAUCACCUUAAACUGAGCAAUUACACUGAAUACUGUUCUGUAAGCAACAUUCACUUUUACAAAUGAAUGGUAAAUAUAUGUUUACUUUUAAGUGAUAUUUGACCAAAGAAUGUUGAAUAUUGUUCUUUUGUGACAUAUGAAAAUCUAUUUAAUUAUGCACAGCAGGGAAAAAAAGAUUUCUUUAUUAAACUUGAACACAUA